AUGUCCUCCAUGUUUCAGGGAAAAGAAAACAGGAAGAACCUGGCUCUGGACAGUACUGCUCUAAGAGAGGACUGGUACUACAUAGCUGGCAGAGCCAUUGCAGUAAGCUUAGUACAUGGCGGUCCACCCCCAAAUUUCCUCUCCCCAACAGUAUUUUCUCUUUUGGUUGAUGGCUCAGCCAAUCCAGUCCUAGAAGAUAUUGCUGACACAGAACUUUUGGAAAAAGUUAAAAAGGUAUCUGAAAGUACAACUCUUGAAGACCUUGAGAAGUCAAAGGCUCCUCUACUUGACUAUUUGGCCAAUGCAGGAUGCCUGAGGCCUAUGCGGUCAGUAGGAGACAGGGAUCUACUGGUGCAUGACAUUGUCAUGUUUCAGGUUAUCUACAGGGUGCAGUGUCCAUUUCAAAGAUUCUGUGAGGGACUAAAAACUCUUGGGGUCCUGGAGAAAAUCCAAAGACAUCCUGACAGCUUUCGUCCUUUGUUCUGCUUUGAGCCAAGCCCACUGACUGCUGACCUGAUGGAUGAUUUGUUCAGCAUUCAUCUGUCUCCUGAAGGAAGCAACAAGAGAGUUGCUGAGGAGAUGGUUGUUACAUUCUGGAGAGACUAUCUCCAGGAUGCAGAGGAGGAGGAAGGGCCCUCCAAACUACAGAAAAUAUUGGCCUUCGCAACUGGAGCAUCUGUUGUACCACCCAUUGGCUUUUCACCAAGCCCUUCCAUCCAGUUCAUUCACAAAGGAGAUGACGACUUCUCCUGUACACCAAUGUUCCCCAUGGCCAACACGUGUGUUAACUGUAUCAAGUUACCACUACACGUGUCAUACCUGCUGUUCAAGGAGAAGUUUGACUUCGCACUCGGCAACACAUAUGGGUUUGGCAGGGCAUGAACACAUCAUACUCUAUUUUACCUUUCUUUCUCUGCUUGUCUAGGUCUGACUUAAAAAACUAAAGGGCCACUGUUAGUUGCAUUUGAAUGCCCACCUUGCUGGUUCCAGUCAGAGGGUGCAGACCUAUUUUUCCACCCCCCAAAGGGAAGGCAAGGGGUAGGUUAUUGUUUUUGGUUCAGUUUGUUUGUUAACACUUUAGCAGCAAAACUAUUGGUUGAAUUCAUUCCAAAUUGGGUUUAUAGAUUGCCAG